AUGAUGGAUCUGAUAAGACGAGUGCUGCAUGGCGGUGAAGUUCCAUUUACACCAAUACCAGGAUCAUUUCCAGAAGAACAGUUGUCGGGCGAGAAUGGCAACGAUGAGCAGGCCUCGCAAACCAACGAACCCCAAAGGUUGCUUUCUAGGAAGAGAUUCCUCAGCCUCUUGCUACAGAUUCCAUUUGUGUUUCUUUACCAUAUUAUCAGCCUGAUAAUAUUGAUGCUAUCCAUAUUAUCACCGUUAUGCGCCAUAAAUGGAUACUACAGGAAGAAGCAAAGGAGAUUCUUGGACCCAAAAAGUCGGCUGAAUAACUUGUUGGAAAGCUUGAACAACGAAUCUCAACGGACGCUUGUUAUCGAGUCAGAAGACAGAAUGGCGUAUAGCUUUGGAUCAUUGUACAAUCUGGAAAGUGGAAGCCUAAGCCAGGACAUUGUUCAAGGUAGCUACACGGAGUUACUUGCUACUUGUUCUGAGCAAUGCAAAUUCGCAAUCAUAUAUUUACACGACCCACUUUUGGAUAAUUGUAUGGACUACGUGAAUAAGAUUCUUUGUUCUGAAAAGUUUACCACAAUGAUUAGAAAAUAUCAAAUAAUGCUGUGGUUCAGCGAUGUAACAACGUCAGAGGGCCUUCAGGUGGCCAAUGCAUUGAAAGUUAGGCAAUUCCCAUUUUUGGGCGUUCUGUGCUUGAAAGCAGAGAAGAGGAUCGAAGUCAUCGGUAGGAUGGAGGGAGAUGUCCGCAGAUAUGAUCCCGAUUAUCUCGAGAACAUCGUUUCCAAGGGCUACUCUCGACUGAUUCAAAUAAGGCAACAAAGGCAGAACAUUGCUUUACAAAGAAUCAUCAGAGAGCAACAGGAUAGCAGGUUUGAGGAGUCCCUGAGAGCAGAUCAACAGCGCCAACGAGAGCAAGAAGCCGAAAGGACCAGAGAGGCGGAGGAGCAGCACAGGGAAAGACAAAGAAAGCAAUGGCUUCUGUGGAGAAAGACGCGGCUUCAUCCCGAGCCUCCCAAUACUGCUGACAGUUGUCGUGUGGCUAUACGAAUUGAAGGUGAUGGCAGGAGGAUCAUACGUAAGUUUGAUGCUUCACUGACCGUAGAGGAAAUUUACGCUUAUGUCGAGCUCUACACAAAGGGCCUCCUAGAUUCAUCGGAGACGUUCUCCGGCAACGAACCUCCGGCAGGUUACAACCACGACUUCAAAUUUGUCCUGACCACGCCGGUACCCAGGACCGAACUCGAUCCAGCGGCCACCAUCCGAGAUGUUCCUGGCCUUUAUCCUUCGGGCAAUAUCGUCAUGGAAACGUUAGAUUGA